AUGCAUCAAGGAGAUUACACCUCCGCUCCAUAUUACCAAUUCCCUCACAUGCAAAACCCCAACCCUACGCCGCCUCAAUCCGAUCCAAUUCCCAAUCACUACGCUUCUGCACCUCCUUUCACUCCCAAUUACGAUUAUCCAAACCCUGCAUAUUCUCCAUAUCCUCCUCAAAAUCCCGAUCCUGUUCCCGCUUCAAACCCUAAUUUCAAUCCUCAAUUCGAAUCCAAUCCUCCUUAUCAGCCACCGUCACAACCCUAUUAUCCUCCCUAUGAUCAACAUCAAGCACCUCCGAAUUAUCCCCCUCCUAACCCUAACCCUAAUCCCAAUCCCAAUUCCAAUCCAAAUUCAUCGUUAUAUAAUCCUGCUCCGUAUUCCCACAAUCACACAGCUUCUUCUGUUCCUCCGAUUCCGACUUACGAAAGCCAAUACGAGAAUCCAGUGAAAUCCGAUUACGGGGUUGGUGGUGGUGCUUAUUUUGAUGACAGAUACGGAGGUUUUAAUCGGAGCCAGUCCGAUUUAGGAUCGGAAUUGUAUGGUAAGCGUCAUGAUGGUGGUUUGUCUAGAUAUGAAUCCGGUGGUGUUAGUGUGGGUGGUGGUGAUGAAGGUUAUGGAGAUGGGGUGUAUGCUUAUCAAGGUGGAAAAGUGGAACCAUAUGGUGCACGUGGUACGGGUUCUAAAUCUUCUACUUGGUCUAACUCGCCGACUUUUGAUGAUUUUGGGAGACCUAUUAGUUUUUCUUCUGCGAAGGAGUCUUCUGUGGCAAGUAAGAUUGUGAAAGCAGUUCCUAAGGCUGAUACUCAGGAAGAUGUGAAAAGUGGGGUGCAAAAGUUUCGUGUCAAGAUGUUGGCAGAGAGUGGGGGUCAGAGCACAAUGGAUGUUCUCUGCCAGGUUGGUUUGGAUGGACUUCGCAUGCUAGAUCCAAAUACCAGUCGGACUUUGAGAAUAUAUCCUCUUGAGAACAUUACUAAAUGUGAUAGAGUCGAUUCAACUAUCUUUGCAUUUUGGUCGAAGAGCCCUGUUGACAUUGAGCCAAGACGAAUCAGAUUGCAAUCUAAUAGUUACACUACAAACACACUUUUGGAUACAGUGACUGCUGCAACCAUACAGUUCAAGGAAAUGGGUGGAAACAGGAGGCCUGCUGAAUCAUUGAAAACAAAUGAACAAUCUACUGAAAGAAAGAAAGGCCUUGGUGAUUGGAUGAAUAUGAUUAAACCUGCAAAUGAAGAGAAAGAUCAUUGGGUCCCAGAUGAAGCAGUCACAAAAUGCACCUCAUGUGGCACUGAUUUUGGGGCUUUUAACCGCAAGCAUCACUGUAGGAACUGUGGUGAUAUUUUCUGUGACAAAUGUACGCAAGGUAGAAUUGCUCUAACUGCUGAAGAGAAUGCUCAGCCAGUACGGGUCUGCGACAGAUGCCUGGCAGAAGUGACUCACAGGCUGAUCAGUGCCAAGGGAUCAUCAAGUAAACCUCUUUUGCAGAGUCAUGAGGAUCUUGCUCGGAAACUUCAGGAGGAGCUGGAGAGAAAUCGGAAGUCAUCAGGAUCAGGUUCUAAGUCUGACGGAACUGGAAGACGGAUGAAGGAAGUUGCAUGUCCUAUUUGCACUGUCCAUCUGCAGGUUCAGGUACCUACCUCAGGUUCAGAGACCAUCGAGUGUGGAGUUUGCCAGCAUCCAUUUCUUGUGAGUUCUUAUUGA